GUUGCAGUCAUGGGUGGAAUAGUUUUGCCGCUAUUUGGCUCAGCGAUCAUACGGCUGAGAGCGUUUUGGUACAAAAAUCAUCAUUUUGUUCAUCUACACUGUAUUAGAAAUAGUUGAACUUGAAUCUUCGUUUACUUGUUAACAUGCUCCUGAGUCUACUCCAGGCUCCUCAUGACUGUUAAAAGAUACAGUUGCGAAGCUGGAACAAGUGUAGAAGAAGUACAUUUCGACAACAAUGAAUGUGAUGGAUACCGAUUUUUAUACCAGUCUCUGCAAUUGUUGUAAGUGAUGAAUCAUGGAAGCCACAGCCAGUAGAGUACGAUUUUUAACAGGUAUUUGCAACCGUAUAUCAACGAGGCAUACAUGGGCCUCGCACAAGGACUGAUUACCAGUCUUAUGGGCGCUGCAGUUUUUCUAGCAACGGGCUACGACGGUGUCUGGGGCCAAGGCGGUCAUAGCCUUUAUGAACAAACGUGUUGUAGUUGUACGUAGUAUAAUAAAUUUGUACGUUCGCGACAGGUACAGGACAUCGAGUCGUGAUUGUAAAAUCUUGAAUGCACAACGCGUUUCUCAUGAUUGUAAAAUUUUGAAUGAUCUUCUAGGCGUUUCUCAUGAUCCUUGGAAACAAGUCGUAUUGCCUCUCUUAACAUUGUCAUACCUACUAGUGAUCCUUGCAGCUACUUGGAAGUUUACCCCCUUCCUUCAAAUCCAAGAAAUGUUCAUAGUCGACUCCAGAUGAUCGAGAAUAUACGGGAUCGGCCGAGGGAAGUUCAGGCUGAAGAA